AUGUUUUCGUGGUUGGUAGAGAAUGACGAGUAUGGAGAACAUGUUAUGUCAUUCGACAUGAGCAAUGAGGUAUUCAUAACAACACCUUUGCCUCCUCGUAUAAUUGAAAGGAGCUGUCCUGGUACUUGUUGGAAUAGCCUUAUGUUUCAUAAUAAAUCCCUUGCUCUUGAUCAUUGUGUUAGAGAUAGAAAUAAUGAUACCAAGACACAUAACAUAUGGGUGUUGGGUGAAUAUGGUGUUAAGGACUCAUGGACUAAUCUAUUUAAUGUUGGACCCCUUGAAUACUUAGGACCGAGUAUAAGAGGAUUUUGUAACAACAAUGGGGUUCUUCUCCAAGUAAACAGAGAUGGAUGUCAUCAUGAUCUAAUUUUGGUUGACCCUUCCAUCCGAAAAAUCAAAGAUUUGGAUAUUCAUGGGACAUCAUCAAUGCAGAUCCUUAACUACCAAGAAAGCCUAGCUCAAAUUAACGCAACUCCAUCUUCACGGAUAUUGGAUGGGAGUUAA